AUGGGCGGCGCUACUUCGAAGGACCGCUAUGACCGCGCCGUCUCCACCGGCAUUCUGACGCUCAACAAGCAGGAGGUCAAGUCUUGGCGGAGGCUUACCAAAGCUCUCAAGAGGCUUUCCACCCUGCGCACCAUGACGAUUACCCACAACCCUCUCCGUGACCCUGUCCCGUCUGCAUUCGCUGCCCUUUCUCUCUGGCGCACUCUGGUCAGUCUGGAUCUUUCCCACAACUGUCUCACUUGCGCGUGCGCUCUGGGGAGUGAGGCACCCUUGUCCAAGUCGCACGUUGAGGAGGCACUGGCACGCAUCACGAUGGCUCCCGCGAGCCACACUGUCUACGGCUUCCCACCGCUGCCUCUCGAGUCGCUCAACCUUUCAGGCAACGACUUGCACAUGUUGCCCCCGCUUCUCGCCGUUCGCUUUCCGCGCCUGCGCCGCUUCGUCUGCACGGACAACAAGACGGCACUCAACAUUCCGUUGUCACUGGCGCGGUGCAUUGGCGCCAGUAAGAGCCUUGAGGUGGUCGCACUCCAACGUGACCGACUGAAGACCUUCAUUGUCGCUGACGACACCGUUAACAAUCCGUUCCCGGCGUUGCGAGAGAUUCUUCUUGAUCAGAAUCACUUGGGCGGGACUGUCAACUUGGGGUUUGCAGCAGACAAGGAAGCUCCGAUGCUGCCAUCACUGAGACGGAUUAGCUUAGAUGAUCAGACUGGAGCAGAACCGCUUCGCCACAUCCACGCGACCAUUUUCGCGCACUGCCCAGGCCUCACCUCUUUCACUUUCCAUGGCAACUGCAACGAGGCGGAACUCCAUGAUUCCCUUCUGCAGUCAGACGUCUACCGCAGCUGGCAGGUACGCAUGAAAGAUGUAGUUGACAAGAAGCUGCACGCUGGUGGCCGAGCUGAGCUCAUUUGA